CUCUCUCUCUCUCUCGUCUGUGUGUCUUCUGUAAUGCGGAAUACAAUUUUCUUCUUCGAAGCCUCUCUCAAGAAGUCUUUUUAAUUAUCGGAUUCCCUCCCAAGGUUUUCUUCAGACAGGAUUUGUUGUUGAAAGGUGAUCUUUUGUCAGGUCCCAAUUGAAUUUCUUUUGAGUAGAUCUGCUCCUGGGCUUUUACUUCUCGGCUUAAAUUUCGAAGCGAUUCUGUAAAGUAUUUAGGACGAAGGAGUUGAUUUCUUUGUUUGUGGCUUUAAUCGCCUUCUUUUGAAGGGAAGAAAAAACUAGCAUGAUUUGUUGAGAAGGAACAGGAGGAGUUCUUGCAGAGAUGAAAAGGGGUAGAGAGGAUAGUUACAUGGGCUCUCAACUCAAACGGCCGCUCAUUUCUUCCCGAGGGGAAGCUUCUGGGCAACCUCAACUGGGUGGAGGAGGAGGAGUUGCACAGAAACUAACCACCAACGAUGCCUUGGCUUAUCUCAAAUCGGUGAAAGAUAUAUUUCAAGAUAAAAGGGACAAAUAUGAUGAGUUCCUUGAAGUCAUGAAAGAUUUCAAGGCCCAAAGAAUUGACACUACUGGUGUUAUAGCAAGGGUGAAAGAUUUAUUUAAAGGACAUAGAGAUCUAAUAUUGGGCUUCAAUACCUUCUUACCGAAGGGUUACGAGAUCACCCUUCCACUUGAGGACGAGCCUCAACCAAAGAAGCCUGUUGAAUUUGAAGAAGCUAUCAAUUUUGUAAACAAAAUAAAGACGCGGUUCCAAAAUGAUGAUCAUGUAUAUAAAUCAUUCUUAGACAUUUUGAAUAUGUACCGGAAGGAGAACAAAUCCAUCACUGAGGUCUAUCAAGAGGUAGCUGCUCUUUUUCGUGAUCAGCCAGACUUACUCGAUGAGUUCACGCAUUUCCUACCAGAUACUUCUGCAGCAGCCCCACCCCAGCAUGCUCCAUCAGGCAGAAAUUCUUUCCAGCGAACUGUGCCUACAUUGCGGCAGAUCCAUGGGGAUAGGAAAUCCCAUGCAGACCGUGAUCUCAGUGUUGAUCGUCCUGAUCCUGAAUAUGACAAGCUAGGAAUGAAAGGGGAUAAGGAUCAGAGGAAGCGUGCUGAAAAGGAAAAGGAGAGGAAAGACGACCGGAAAGACCGUGAUCGGGAUGACAAGGAUAUUGAGCAUGACAGUAAUAGGGACUUUAACAGCAUGCAGCGUCUUCCCCACAAAAGGAAAUCUGCACGGAGGGUUGAAGAUUCUGUUGCUGACCAGUUGCACCCAGGUGGGGAGGGUGCUGAAAACUUUGGACAUCCUAUUUCAUCCUCUUAUGAUGAUAAAAAUGCCUUCAAGAGUGUACAAGCCCAAGAAUUCCCUUUCUGUGAGAAAGUCAAGGAGAAGUUACGGAAUCCAGAUGAAUACCAAGAAUUCUUGAAGUGCCUUAAUAUUUAUAGCAAUGAAAUAAUUACAAGAUCUGAAUUGCAAAGUUUGGUAAGUGAUUUACUUGGAAAAGAUCUCAUGGAAGGGUUUAAUGACUUUGUGACUCGAUGUGAAAGAGAUGGGUUUUUUGGUGGAGUGAUGAGUAAAAAACCUUUUUGGAAUGAAGGACAUCAACCAAAAUCAGUGAAGGUUGAGGACAGGGAUAAAGAGCGGGAACGUGAAGAUCGUGAAAGGGAUAGGGAUAAAGAAAGGGAAAGACUUGACAAAAAUUUAACAAGCCACAAGGUUCCCUCUUAUCCAAACAAAGAGAAGUUUAAUCAUAAACCAAUUUCGGAGCUUGACCUCUCUAAUUGUCAACGCUGUACUCCCAGUUAUCGGCUUCUGCCAAAGAAUUAUCAAACACCUGCAGCAAGCCAGAGAACAAAUCUUGGUGCUCAAGUAUUGAAUGAUAAUUGGGUGUCAGUGACUUCAGGAAGCGAGGAUUACUCUUUUAAACACAUGCGCAAAAAUCAAUAUGAAGAAAGCUUGUUUAGAUGUGAAGAUGAUAGGUUUGAACUGGACAUGUUGUUAGAAUCAGUGAAUGUAACUACCAAGCGUGUAGAGGAAUUGUUAGAAAAGAUCACUGAUAAUACAAUCAAACCAGACAGUCCAAUUCGGAUUGAGGACCACUUCACUGCUCUGAAUCUAAGGUGCAUUGAACGUCUAUAUGGUGACCAUGGUCUGGAUGUGAUGGAUGUGUUAAGAAAGAAUGCAACACUUGCAUUGCCUGUUAUAUUAACUCGCUUGAAGCAGAAAGAAGAGGAGUGGACGAGGUGUCGUUCAGACUUUAAUAAAGUCUGGGCUGAAAUUUAUGCAAAGAACUAUCACAAAUCUCUUGAUCAUCGUAGCUUCUAUUUCAAGCAACAGGAUACUAAGAGUUUGAGUACAAAAUCUUUGUUGGCUGAGAUAAAGGAAAUCAAUGAGAAGAAACGCAAAGAAGACGAUGUUCUUCUUGCUAUUGCAGCUGGGAACCGACGACCUAUUAUUCCAAAUCUGGAAUUUGAGUACUCUGAUCCAGAAGUUCAUGAUGAUCUAUAUCAACUUAUAAAAUAUUCAUGUGGAGAAGUUUGCACAACCACAGAACAGUUGGAUAGAGUCAUCAGGAUUUGGACAACCUUCUUGGAGCCCAUGUUGGGUGUUCCUUCUCGUCCUCAGGGUGCAGAGGACACUGAAGAUGUUGUGAAGGCUAAGAGUCAUGUAGUCAAGAGCAGUGGAGCAAGCAUAGUGGAAAGUGAUGGCAGUCCUGGUGUUGAUGCCGCUGCUACUAAUUCCAAACAGUCAAACCCUGCCAGAAACAGGGAUGAUAGCAUGCCACCUGAGCAGCAGGGGAGUAGCUGCAGGGCUAGGAUAGAAAAUGGAGAUGCCAUGGUUAAAGAAGAUGGCUUACAUGAUGGAGAUCGAGGUGCCCGUCGAGCUGACAAUCUUUCCAGUACUUCUCAGCAAGGAAAAGUGCAGAAUAAUGUCUCUAUGGCUGGUGAAAUGUCUGGAGUCAACAUAAAUGCUACUUCUUAUGAUCGAUUGACCGAAUCUAAUGCAUCACUUGCUAAUAGAACAGAACAAAGUCAUGCUAGAACAGAUACUGAAAUUACACCAGGACAAAGCACAACUCCUUCCCGAACUGGUCACACUGCUACCGAGGGUGGGCCCGAGUCUAGGCUUUCUAAUGAAGUUUUACCUUCGCCGGAGGAUGGGGAGAGUACAAGGCCUGUCAUAUCAACCAAUGGGGUGGUUACAGAUGGCAACAAGGUCCGUAGAUAUCAUGAAGAAUCUGUUGGACGCUUGAAAGUUGAAAGAGAGGAGGGUGAAUUAUCACCAAAUGGGGAUUUUGAAGAGGAUAGCUUUGUGGUAUAUAGAGAUGCUGGUGUUGACACCUUGCCUAAAGCAAAGGAUAGUACUGCAAGCAGACAGUAUCAAGCCAGGAACGGGGAUGAAGAAGAAAUGUGUUGUGGAGAGGCAGGAGGAGAAAAUGAUGCCGAUGCUGAUGAUGAAGGUGACGAAAGUGCUCAAAGGUCAACAGAGGACAGUGAGAAUGCCUCUGAGGCCGGUGAUGUCUCAGGGAGCGAGUCUGGUGAUGGUGAAGAGUGCUCCCGUGAAGACCAUGAAGAGGAGGAGGAAGAUGCAGACCAUGAUGUGCAUGAUGCUAAGGCUGAAAGUGAAGGUGAGGCUGAAGGGAUGGCUGAUGCGCAUGAUGUUGAAGGAGAUGGCACCUUAUUGCCAUAUUCAGAACGUUUUCUACUGACAGUGAAGCCACUUGCAAAACAUGUCCCUUCAGUGUUACAUGACAAAGAAAAGAAGGAUUCUAGAAUUUUCUAUGGAAAUGAUUCCUUCUAUGUGCUUUUUAGGCUUCACCAAACACUGUAUGAGAGACUACUCUCUGCGAAGAUGAAUUCAUCAUCUGCUGAAAGGAAAUGGAGGACUUCAAUUGAUACAAGCCCUCCUGAUCACUACACAAGAUUUAUGAAUGCAUUAUACAGUUUGCUUGAUGGGUCUGCUGAUAAUACAAAGUUUGAGGAUGACUGCCGAGCUAUAAUUGGAACUCAGUCAUACGUGCUGUUCACUUUAGAUAAAUUGAUAUAUAAACUUGUCAAGCAGCUUCAAACAGUUGCAACUGAUGAAAUGGACAAUAAACUUCUUCAACUAUAUGCAUAUGAGAAAUCAAGGAAACCUGGGAGAUUCGUUGAUUUAGUUUAUCAUGAAAAUGCACGUGUUCUUCUUCAUGAUGAGAACAUAUAUCGAUUUGAAUGUUCAUCCAGUCCAACUCAUUUGUCCAUGCAACUGAUGGACUAUGGGCACGAAAAGCCUGAAGUAACUGCUGUUUCCAUGGACCCUAACUUUGCAACUUACCUGCAGAAUGACUUUCUGGCAGUUCUUCCUGAGAGGAAGGAGAUGCGAGGUGUUUUUCUGGGGAGAAACAAGCGCAAAUGUGCAUGUGAUGAUGAAUUUUCUGGUACAUGCAAAUCGAUGGAUGGAGUCCAAAUAGUCAAUGGUCUGGAGUGUAAAAUAGCUUGCAAUUCAUCCAAGGUGUCCUAUGUUCUAGAUACAGAAGACUUCUUGUUUCGCACGAGAAGGAAAAGGAUUUGUCUCCCUGGGGGCAGCUCUUGCCUUGAUCAGGCAAAGUCCUUAAAUGGGUAUGCUGAAAGAGUGCAGAGGUUUCAUAGAUUGUUGUCUGGCUCCUAGCCUUGUGAUGAUGCCAACGAAUAUGAAAACUGGUGAUAUUCAUGCCUUCUGUACAUGUUCUUUUGGGUAGGUAGUUGAACCCAGUUAGGUGCAUAUUCAUGAGAGGAGGAUUGCCAACAUUUGCUCGAAGCUCAAAAACAAGAAAACUUCUGAGGUGUCUUUCGUACAUUCUCAUCUCUCUAGUCAACAACAUAAUAACCAGAGAAUAGGAAACAGCUCGUAAAUGUAGUAAUCUUUGUAAGUUCUUCUGUGGCGUUUUUGUCGCUAUUUUGUAAAUAUAGUUUCUUUUCUGAUGUAAAACAUGGGAUUUGUUUUU